CGAACUGUUUCUUUUCCUUCUUCCGAUCUUCUCCCUGCUGCCUGCAGCCUGCUCCUUCCCCCAAAAUUUCCCCAGGUUCUUCGCCGGGAAAACCAAUAUAGCAUCUCAGAAACAGUGAAAGAGAGAAGCAUGGAUCAAUUCGGUGGAGGAAUGGGAGGAGGGGGAGGGUGGACGAUGAUCCCAAACAUGACUGCUCACGCGAAUUCCCCCGCCCAUUCGAAUCAAGACCAGUACUUCCUCCAUCAGCAACCUACGCCACCGCCGCCGCAGCAACAGCAAUUCAAUCAGUUUCAGCAGCAAUCGCAACAACAAUUAGUCCAGCAGCCAUUCAAUCAACAACAAUUUCAGCAGCAAUCGCCGCAGCAAUUAGUCCAGCAGCCACCACCACCACAACAACAGUUUCAGCCGCUGCAGUCCCCGCCACAACAACAACAGUUUCAGCCGCUGCAGUCGCCGCCGCAGCGUUUGGUUCAACAGCAGACCCCGCCGCAGCCUCCACCGCAGCAAUCUCUGGCAUCCCAUUUCCGCCUUUCCCCUCUGGUGGAGAAAUUGGCUGAUGCUGUUGAGAAUGGGACUCGAGAUCAGCACUCUGAUGCUUUGGUUAAUGAGUUGAACAUUCACUUUGAGAAGUGCCAGCAGCUGUUGAACUCCAUCUCCAGCUCAAUCAGCUCCAAGUCUAUGACUGUUGAAGGACAGAAGAAAAAGCUGGAAGAAACUGAGCAGUUGCUUAAUCAACGAAGCGACUUGAUUGGCAACUACAAAAACUCUGUUGAAGACCUUAUCAAUUCUGAUCCGUGACUGCUUCGUACCCGCUGAUACCAAACAAACAAAGGUACGAGAUAGAACAUUUUGUUCAUUUUUGGAAAUGAGAUGCUUUAGGAUGAUGUAUUGAAGAAUGAAUGAAUGAUGUUUGCCUCCAAUUUCUUGAACCAAAUGCUACCUGCGGAAUGGUGAACGAUAUAUAAUCUCUUCCCUGUUGUCAAUGGCUCUUCCAUUUUCUCACUCUUUAGGUUUGAUUUGCAGGUGAUCCAUAAGAUGAGCAUUUUUCCAUGAACUAACCUAGUGUCCAACCAAAGGAGGAAGCCAGUUGCGUUUCCUAUUCCCUUACAACGGUUAAAGAGCCACCAGGGGUCAGUUUGUUUCGGUUAGUAGUAAACAGGAGUUCUACAUUAUUAUGGAAAUGUAGAGCGCAGAUGAAAUCCUGUAGAACUUCCAUUUUCGUGUGUAGUGAUGGUAACUUGUAGCUUUGCUCAAGAAGUAGAUGACAUUCUACAUUAUUAUACAUGUUCUGGUUGUCACUGAUG